AUAAGUCUAGAAUAUUAAAUUCAAUAGUCAAAAUAACUGAUUAUAGUACUUAUGAAAAUGGAGGGAAAGGCAACUCUACGCAGCAAGUCUUCACUACCUUUUCAGGGGGUAAGCAAACUUAGAAUUUUUUGCAUUUCCCAAUUUAAACAUCAUCUCUCUCUCUCUUCUAUCUCCCUUCCCCCUCUCUCUCUAGAUGAAUCCUCAAAUGGCUAUCAAAAUCCUCUUCGCCGCUUUCUAUUUCUCUAUUAACUUGAAACAGAGCAAUGGAGCUUCUACACUUUCUGCAGGCCAAUCUCUUGUUGAUGAUGGACAGGUAUUACCUUCUCCAUCUCAAGUAUUCGAGCUCGGAUUCUUCUCUCCGGGCUCAUCCACAGCCAGAUUUUUGGGCAUACGGUACACAGCUACACCAGACGUCGUCGUUUGGGUUGCAAACAGACAACAUCCCCUCAUCGCCCUAAACGGAGUUCUAACUCUAUCCAAAAACGCCAAUCUCAUUCUCACCUCACCACAAGGUACAAUCCUAUGGUCCUCAAAUUCCUCCACACCACCAUCGAAUCCACUUCUGCACCUCACCGAUUACGGAAACCUAGUAAUCGAAGUAAAUUCCAAGAUAUUUUGGCAGAGCUUCGAUAACCCUAGCGAUACCCUCUUGCCGGGGAUGAAGCUGCUGCAGGAAACGGAAACCCCCAAUGUGAAUGUUCUGACGUCGUGGAAGAGCGACAACGAUCCCUCCCCUGGAGAAUUCAUUUUCGGGAUUGUGAAUAGUGGAUUGUCGCAGAUAAUCACGACGACGGGGAAGGAAAGAAGAUACAGAGCCAUUUACUGGGACGGACACUUCCCGGGGUUUCCGGAUUCAGUCGACGCGACGUGGAAUGCGGAGAUUGGUUCCAGCGGGGGUAAGCUGCUUUCAAUUUUUCAGCCACUGAAACAAUCAGUUCAUACCAGGUUGAUCAUGAACAGCUCCGGAUCGUUUCAACGCUUCGUGAUGGAUGAGCGAGGAGGAGGCUGGGUUCUGAUGAUCACAUCGCCUCGUGACUCGUGUGAUAACUACGGGUGGUGUGGUGUUAAUGGCGUGUGCAGGAUUUACAAGACGCCCGAGUGUGAGUGCCUGCGAGGUUUCAAGCCAAAAUCCGACAAGGAAUGGAGGUUGUUUGAUUGGAGAAGUGGAUGCAGUAGAAAUCCGCCCCUGGAUUGCCCAAAGCAAGAUGGAUUUCUGAAGAUUCAAGGGUUCAAGUUUCCUGACUCGUUGAGUUUUCAACUGAACACGAGCAUGAGCAUUGAAGAAUGCCGUGAUCAGUGCUUGAAGAACUGUAACUGCACAGCUUAUGCUGAUCCAUACUUCAGAAAUGGGACCAACUGUUUGAUGUGGUUUGGGGAUUUGAUUGAUAUAAGGGAGCAGGCAGUAAAUGCCCGGGAUGGCCCGAGCGUCUAUAUUCGCGUGGCUGCUACAGAACUAGAUCAUUUGACAGAUUCGGCUAAGAAGGCGAAAGGAUCUGCAAAGACUAAGUUCAUACUUAUAGCUGUUAUUACCACUAUGCUUGUCUUGGUUUCAUGUCUUGGAGGCUUACUUACAUGGAGAUGCAGGAAACAAGGUUACAGAAAGGCCAGCGAGGAACUAGAGUUGCCUUUAUUCGAUUUGGCAACUAUCAUAGCAGCCACGAAUAACUUUUCACGAGAGAACAUGCUUGGAGAAGGUGGUUUUGGGCCUGUGUACAAGGGAAACCUAUCAGCAGGGCAAGUAGUUGCAGUGAAAAGAAUGUCGAGGUAUUCUGGACAAGGCGAUGAAGAGUUCAAGAAUGAAAUAAUUUUGAUCUCGAACCUCCAACACAGGAAUCUGGUCAGAAUCUUGGGAUAUUGCAUUGAAGGGGAGGAGAAGAUGCUAGUCUAUGAGUACAUGUUGAACAAAAGCUUGGACUAUUACAUUUUUGAUGAGGAAAGGGGGUUCCUGUUAGAUUGGUCAAAGCGGUUUGAAAUCAUCAUGGGGAUUGCAAGGGGCCUUAUGUACCUCCAUCAUGAUUCAAGGCUCAAAAUCAUCCACAGGGACCUGAAAACAAGCAAUAUCUUGUUAGAUAAGAGCUUGAAUGCCAAGAUUUCAGAUUUCGGGAUAGCAAGAAUGUUUGCAGGAGAUCAAACGGCAGCAAGAACAAAAAGAGUUGUUGGGACAUAUGGCUACAUGGCUCCGGAGUAUGCAUUUGACGGGAAGUUCUCCAUGAAGUCGGAUGUAUUCAGCAUGGGUGUGGUGAUAUUGGAGAUAGUGAGUGGAAAAAGGAACAGAGGCUUCAAAUGCGCUUUGGGGUAUCAAAACCUUUUGGAGCAGGCAUGGUUACUUUGGAAGGAAAAUAGGGAGUUGGAGCUGAUGGAUCCAUGCUACAACAAGUCAUAUGUGGAAUGGCAAGUGAGGAGAUGCAUUCAAGUGGGAUUAUUAUGCGUUCAGAACGCAGCAGAGGAGAGGCCGAUGAUGCCGUCUGUGGUUCUCAUGUUGAGCUCAGAAGAUACAGUGCUGCCUCAGCCCAAGAGACCUGCAUUUUUCAUGCAGAGUGAGCCCAGCAAUGGGAAGAACAAGUGUAAUAGUUGUACAAUAACCAUAAGUGAAGUACAAGGACGGUAGGUAAGUACUUAGUCAAGCCCCAAUUAAUAUUUUGGCCUUGUUAUUCCAUAUUGAUCAUGACAUAUAUUAAUGCUGUAAAGGUGGUAACUGGUAAUUGAUUUUAAGAAAAUGAGAUGUGAACGUGUGAUGCCUUA